GGCCGGUUGUAAUUACUACAUGGGAAAACUCACACAAGCAGAAUGAUUUCCUUUCCUAAUAGGAGAGAUGAUGGAAUAAGUUCCCACGUUCUCCUCAGGGAGGAAGCGCAAACGGCAGUGAAUGUAAGGUCUAUGUCAACUUGAUGAUGCUUGAAAUCAGUUCUAAGAUUUGCAAGUAAGAACUCAGAAACCCCAACCUAAUUUUUAGGAUUUGACUUCUACCGAGCUCAAGCUGCUGAUUGUCGUGUCCAGAGAUUAACGCUGUAAUCCAGUAAUCCAGCUUACACCGAUCAUCUUCAACAUGAACUCACUUUUGAAGAAAGUACUUCUUCGAACCUUUGGCUUCUCCUUGCUAGUCUUUCUAAGUCCUUUGCUAUUCAUUCAAGUGGAGUACACAGAGAAGGACGAUAACCUGGAAAAAUAUCAGUUGUUAUCCUCUUUGUACAAGUCCAUGGAGUCUAAAUACAACAUGUCUCUUGAAGAAUUCAACAAGUUUUGCAGCGUUGCGUAUGAAGCUUUAAGCAUGCCUAAGCCAAAGUGGACCUAUAUUCAUGCCUUUGAUUUCAUUGUGCAGACCGUAACCACUAUAGGUUAUGGAUACAUUACCCCUCAAACUCCUGAAGGUCAGAUAUUGUGUAUCUUCGUGUCUCUACUUGGAAUUCCAAUAACAUUGCUCACGUUGAAUUCCGUCGGCGAGUUGAUCGCCAAACUGAUCAGCAAAAUUCUCACCAAAUUUGAAAGGAAAUUCCUCGGGAGACCAGAGCCGAAACAUGUUAAAAUUAAGACCGCCGCUAUUUUGGGAUUAUCUAUGAUAACAAUCAUGAUGGUGUGUGGCACAGUGUCAGUAAUGAGACAAGAAGGAAGAGAAUCGGAUUGGACUUUCGUCGAAGCAUUAUAUUUUUGGUUCAUAACAUCCUCCACAAUUGGUUUUGGCGACUAUGUAUUUUAUCCACCCAGCUAUAGGAUUAAGAAACUAACGUUGCUUAACUCUACAUACCAAGGAAACGAGAAUGCCGAAUCUUUUCAAGCUUUCCAAAUACCUUCCAGCCUUCUUUUCGUAACUAUAUACAUGCUCAGUCUAAGCAUUGUUUGCAGUGUAAUAAAUUCCAUCAUGGCUGCCAUCGAGGAGAGCAAAUGUCACCCUCGAUGUGUUGGAUGUUUUACGAACAAAACGCGAGACUUCCAUGAAAACACUGAGCAACAUGGCCAGAACCACGCAGCAAUGUCUUGAGUUCCAUAGUAGUAAGAUUUGGAUAAGGAUUUUCGUCCUUCCUCUCGAGCCUUAAUCAAUCCAUAACAGCGAAACACUUGAGCACCGCAUGUUUCCUUAUGUUCGGAGAUCAACGUUCCUGAAUCUCUCUAGCGCUCUUAGAGCCUAAUAAGGCGAAAUCUUGGGAUCUCUUGGAGUAGUAAAAAGGCAUGAUAUAUUUGAGCAUGAAUGAGUCUAGUGCAGGAUGCACCAACUUUUAAACCCCUGAAAACUGGCAAUCGAGGAGCCGAACUUAGAGAGCGAGGCGAGCAAGGCCCGGAAAAGAUGCUCACAGCUGUACAGCAAUAUAGCAUUUGUGUUAGCAGUACUCUUAACUUAACGCGCCGGUUUCACUACUCGUCGAGUUCGCUACAUGUUUGCUACUAACAUGCCGAAUUCGCUGCGUCUGUUAAUUCUCAAUUUUAAUUUCUCUUUUAAUCAUAAACCACAAGCAAUAUCUGUACUUUAUACUCCCAACUGCGUGGCUGCCGUUUUUAGGAGUCAGUUAAACUGGUCAUAUGCAAAUUCCCUUCUAGUUUGCUUUUAACCGCAUCGUUGAUUUUUGUGAUUGUUCCGAGGUUGCGUUUCACAAGUAAACCUGACUGUUGGGUAGAAAGAAUUGACGAAGUCAACAAAAUUGGAAGCUUCUUUCAUAGAAAUGUCCAACAGUGAGAAGAUGUCAUCAAUAUAUAUCUUCCAGACCAAAGGUUAGGGGGGUUAGCCAUAAAUAUUCGUUUUUCGGAUCAAUAUCAGUAUCUAGGCAACUCUCCAUCUACCCCUACCCUAACCCAACAACAGUCAAUUGAUAACAAGUUAGGGUUAAUGUUGGGCUAGGGGAGGGGUAGUUGGGGAGUUGCUCAGAUACUGAUGUUGAUCCCGUUUUUCUAGGUCUGCCAUAAAAGUUUUUUUUGAUAGAAUGGUAGGAUGAAGUAAGUAGCGAAUUCGGUAUGUAAGUGGCGAACAUGUGGCGAACUCGAACGUAGCGUACUCGACAAGAAGCGAAACCGACUGAUACCCACUCUUAGUAUGGGUAUGUGAUUGUGAGUUUGUGCGUUUAAGACUUAAUAAAAGCAUGCACCUGUCA